AGCCGACGGCCCUGCGCAGCGCGGGGAACCGGGGUAGGGCCGGGCCGAGCUCCCGGUGCCGCCCCCUGCGCGGAGCCGCACCGGCAGCACCGGCGGUACCGGCGGCACCGGAGCGCUCCUGCGGCCGGGCCCCUCCCGUGGGCUGGCACCGGCGGACACACGAUGCGUCCCCAAGGCCCCUGGGCCGCUGGCCCAGCAGCUCUGCUGCUCCUUGCCGGUGUCCUGGCCUCGGAUGCGCUGCCCAGCGCCCGCGGGAGGAAGAAGGUGGUGCACGUGAUGGAGGGUGAGAGCGGGGCCGUGGUGGUGCAGACGGCGCCGGGGAAGGUGGUGACACACCGCGGCGGCACCAUCAUCCUCCCCUGCCGCUACCACUACGACGUCUCCGCCCACGACCCGGCCGAGAUCCGCCUCAAGUGGACCAAAGUGACGGAGCCGAUGGCCUUCGUGGACGUCUUCGUGGCGCUGGGGAAGGCUCGGAGGGCGUUCGGCAGCUACCGGGGGCGCACGGCGCUGCAGGAGGACGGCCUGGGGGACGCCUCCCUCAUCAUCCGCAACGUCACCCUGCAGGACUACGGCCGCUACGAGUGCGAGGUCACCAACGAGCUGGAGGACGACGCCGGCAUGGUCAAGCUGGACCUGGAAGGUGUGAUCUUCCCCUACCACCCACGCCUGGGGCGCUACACCCUGAACUUCCACGAGGCCCAGCAGGCGUGCCUGGAGCAGGAUGGCAUCCUGGCCUCCCACGACCAGCUGCACCAGGCCUGGCUGGAGGGCAUGGACUGGUGCAACGCAGGCUGGCUGGAGGACGGCUCCGUGCAGUAUCCCAUCUCCCGGCCCCGGGAGGAGUGCGGCCGCAAGGACACUCCGGUGGGCGUCCGCAACUACGGCUACCGGCACAAGGAGAGUGAGCAUUACGACGCCUUCUGCUUCACCUCCAACCUCAAUGGCAAAGUCUACUUCUUGAAGACCUACCGCAAGCUGAGCUACCCGGAGGCGGUGCAAGCCUGCAAGAACAACGGCGCGGCGGUGGCCAAGGUGGGGCAGCUGUACGCCGCCUGGAAGCUGCAGCUGCUGGACCGCUGCGAGGCAGGCUGGCUGGAGGACGGCAGCAUUCGCUACCCCAUCGUCAACCCCCGCGCCCGCUGCGGCGGCGCCGAGCCCGGCGUGCGCAACCUGGGCUUCCCCGACAAGAAGUACAAGCUCUUCGGGGUGUACUGCUUCAAAGCGGCCGGGGAGAACCCCCCAGAGAAGGGCUUGGCUGGCGGGGGGCACCCCAAUCGUGUGUGAGGCUCCCUCUCUCUCUACCGGGAGCAAUCCCCCCGCCCCCAGACUUGGUUGUAGGGGGGACGUCAUCCCACCCUCGCCCCCGUGCUGGGCUCCCCGGCGUGGCUGCCUGCUGGGACGUGGCAGCGUGGGGAGCUGCGGGCAGCCCCCGCGAUGGACUGGGAGAGGUGCCCGCUGCGGUGCCGCUGUGGUGCCAGUGCGGUGCCUGCUGCGGCGCUGGUGCCGCAGGCUGUGGACAGAGGCCGGGGUCGCUUGGGGAAACUGAGGCAGCGGGAGGGGAAGGACUUCAGGAGCCUGCGCUCGGAUCCAGGGCUGGCUCCCAGUUUACUCCAGUUCUUGCUUCUCAAUCAGCGGCUUGCAUGUGCUAAAAGCCCACCCGGAGCUAAGCAGGCUUGAGGACCUCCCCCCACCUCCAUGUCCUCCCCGCAGCUCUGCGCUCUCCCCGGGGCCAUGCAGCCCCAACCCCCGCCAGGAGCUGCCAUGGGCAGCCAGCAUGGUGGGGGCAGCAGGUCUCUGCAGGGGGACUGACCUGCCAUGGACUUCCUCUUCAUACCCACCCCCCCUCCUUGGCACUGGGCAGGCUUUAGGGUGAGGGAUGGGGGCAGCAGGCUUGGCUUCAUUCGACCUGGGUGGCUGGGGGAGCACCCACAGCCCCUCCAGCACCCGCAUGCGGCUGCUUGCCGCCCCAUGGGGCUGGUGCUGGGUGAGCCAAGGGGCCACACACUGCACCCCCCAGGGCUUGGGCAGCUCCUUCAUGCUUGGCUUGGGGCAGAAGCUGCCAGCACCAUGGGCAGGAAGGUGGUGGGUGGGCACCACCCCCUGUGCCCACCUGGCUGGGCACCACCCUGAGGCUUCUGCAGCCCUGGCGCUCGUGAGCUGGACGCAGAUGAAAUAAAAGC